AUGCGCCUUACCCUCCUCAAUGUCCUGUCGUUAACGGCUCUAUUUAUUUCAUCCACCAACGCGUUUCAGCAAAACUCUGGAUCUCAUUCUUCCACUAUAAGGCGUCGGCGUAAUUGGAGUCACUAUACCAAUGGGACAGAGCCUCAGGGAGAUGAUCCCGCCGAGUUGUUCAAGAGAGAUGGGACAAAAUAUGUGUUCAUGCAUCAUUUUCUGAAACUCUUCAAAAUAGACACUUUCCCGUAUACCUAUGCUGAUUGGCUCGACGAUAUGAUCAAGAUUGCAGCAAAAGGGGUCGACGCUAUCGCCCUCAACAUUGGUGGCUCGGACUGGCAAAGAAACCAAGUCGCUACUGCGUACAGUGCUGCUCGAGACUCCAAUACUGGAAUCAAGUUGUUUUACUCAUUUGAUCUAACCGAGAUGGAUUGCAACGUCGCCGACCUUGUAGCCAGAGUCAACCUGUACAAUAACCACCCCAAUCAGUUCAAAGUCAACGGCAAGGCCUUCAUCUCCAGUUUCUCCGGCGGCUGCCUAGGAAAUGACGGGUGGCAGAGUCUCAAAAGUCAAACGAAUGGAUAUAUCAUGCCCUUUAUCUGGGGUCUUGAAAACAACUUUCAGUCGUGGCCCUCUCUGGAUUCUUGGUAUUGCUGGGGCUGCGCUUGGCCCCAAGGAAACUAUCCUAAAAAUAUGGACGAUGAUAAUUUCUAUAUCAGCCAGUUGGGCACAAAGUACGGCACGACAGUUGGACCGUGGAUGUACACCCAUUACACCUGGAAGAAUUUUUAUCUACGCGGUGAUGAUUGGCUCGUUGUUAGCCGAUGGGAGCAACUCAUGCAGCUUCGAUCAACAUUAACAUUUGUCGAGUUGGCCACUUGGAAUGACUACGGCGAAUCUAGCUACUACGGACCCAUUAAAGGCGCACAACCAGAUGGGACGACUUGGGCCAACGGAUACCCUCACACUGCAUGGUAUGACUUGACCGGGUACUACGUCCAGGCAUUCAAAACAGGAUCAUAUCCCGCGAUCACUCAAGAUGUGAUUUACUUCUGGGCACGCCCCCAUCCCGCUGGCGCAACCGCUUCGGGAGAUAACCUCGGGAAACCAACUGGCUGGGACUGGACGGAGGACUCGAUGUGGGCAGCCGUGUUUGCCACGUCGCCCGCCACUGUCGUGUUAAGAUGCGGCAGUUCAUCGAGCACGUUCAACGUCAGUCCGGGUGUUAACAAGCUCAAGAUUCCUCUCGCUGCCGGCAAGAUAACUGUGCAGAUGAUCAGAAAUGGCCAGACCAUCAUCAAUUAUACACCUUCAGACUAUACAUAUGUUCUGAACCCUGUUAGAUCUGCUGAUACAUGUGGUGGUGUAUGGCGGAUUAACAUUUACAAAUCCGGGGUUUCUUCUACAUCAACUUCCACCUCGAGUACUGCGUCUGCCACUCCAACCGGCUGGAAUACCCUUGGAUGUGUGGCCGAAGGCACCUCUGGAUCUCGCCGCGCAUUGACAGGCGCAAGCUACACCCAGUCUAAUAUGACUCCUCAAGUUUGUCAAGGACUUUGUUCUGGGUACCAGUAUGCAGGCGUAGAAGCUGGUAAUGAAUGCUUCUGUGGAAACUCGUUGCUGAACAACGGAGCAUCCGGUCUCGUCAUCGACAAUAGCAAUUGCCAAUGGACCUGCUCAGGCGACUCCAACCAGAAAUGUGGCGGUUCUUGGACGCUGAACGUGUACACCAAAUCCGCAGUCACGCCCCCCUUUAGCUCGGCAUGGGCAUUGGCGGGCUGCUUCGUCGAUGCGGACAGUCGCAUGCUACGUGGCUAUUCAGUGACACUUCCAAACACCCUGACCGUGGAGACUUGCACGAACAUUUGUAACGGUGCCGGAUACAUCAUGGCGGCGGUUGAAUACGGCCAAGAAUGUUAUUGCGGCUCGCAGAUUUACAAGGAUGGCGGAGCGGGUGUGUUGGUUGAUGCGGGCCAGUGUAACGUUGCAUGCAGUGGAAACGCUGGACAGAAGUGCGGCGGCGGCUGGAGAGCCAAUCUAUACACCAAGCCUGGAACAACGUGGACCUGA